GCAUCUCAGAUACACCGAAGUGUGUUAGGGUUAUGCAGUGAUGCGUGAAGAGCUCCAGCCUCCAGCGGGGACCACCUGCCCAAGCAGGGUCUGAACCUUCACCGCCUCCAGCCCACGCGCGCAGGGGGCGUACACGUGCUGACCUGCCCCAGGCCAGUUCCCGGCCCCGGCUCCUCCUCCCUCCAGCUCUUGCUCCGCUUUCUGCAGUAUCACGUGCAGCCGCGCCGGGUGCAGGAUGGCGGCGGCGGCGGCGCCAGCAGCGGUGGGUGUCAGGCUCCGGCACUGCUGCAGCCGAGGCGCUGUGCUCCUGCUCUUCUUCUCCCUGUCUCCUCGGCCCCCAGCCGCCGCCGCUUGGCUGCUGGGCCUUCGGCCCGAGGACACCGCUGGAGGCCGCGUGUCCCUGGAGGGGGGCACCCUGCGCGCGGCCGAAGGCACCAGCUUUCUCCUGCGCGUCUAUUUCCAGCCCGGGCCCGCGGCGCCUGCUCCUCUGGUGCCCGCACCCACCCUUUCCCCGGGGGAGAACGGCACCGGCGACUGGGCUCCGCGGCUCGUGUUUAUCGAGGAGCCCCCGGGCGGGAGUGGCCUGCUGCCCAGCGCUGUCCCCACGCGCUCCCCGGGGCCGCAGCGCUGCCGCGAGCAGAGCGACUGGGCGUCGGACGUGGAGGUCCUGGGGCCCCUGCGCCCCGGAGGCGUAGCAGGCUCUGCUCUAGUCCAGGUGCGGGUGCGGGAGCUGCGCAAGGGCGAGGCAGAGCGGGGCGGCGCGGACGGUGGCGGGAAGCUCUUCUCGCUGUGCGCCUGGGACGGGCGCACCUGGCACCACCACGGCGCCGCCGGCGGCUUCCUGCUGCGCGUCCGCCCGCGGCUGUAUGGCCCGGGCGGGGACCUGCUGCCCCCCGCGUGGCUGCGGGCGCUCGGGGCGCUCCUGCUGCUGGCCCUGUCCGCACUGUUCAGCGGCCUGCGCCUGAGCCUGCUCUCGCUGGACCCGGUGGAGUUACGGGUCCUGCGGAACAGCGGCUCAGCCGCCGAGCAGGAGCAGGCGCGCCGCGUGCAGGCCGUGCGCGGCAGGGGGACCCAUCUGCUUUGCACCUUGCUCCUGGGCCAAGCCGGAGCCAACGCGGCCCUGGCCGGCUGGCUGUAUGCCUCGUUGCCGCCGGGCGUCGGGGGUCCGGAGGAAGACUACGGUGAGGCGGGGAUUCACUUCCCGUGGCUGCCGGCGCUCGUGUGCACCGGCGCCGUGUUCCUGGGCGCCGAGAUCUGCCCCUACUCGGUGUGCUCGCGGCACGGGCUGGCCAUUGCCUCGCACAGCGUGUGCCUGACCCGGCUCCUGAUGGCGGCCGCCUUCCCUGUGUGCUACCCACUGAGCCGCCUGCUGGACUGGGCGCUGCGCCAGGAAAUAAGCACCUUCUACACGCGGGAGAAGCUGCUUGAGACGCUGCGGGCUGCGGACCCCUACAGCGACCUGGUGAAGGAAGAGCUCAACAUCAUCCAAGGCGCCCUGGAGCUUCGCACCAAGGUGGUGGAGGAGGUGCUGACCCCCCUCGGGGACUGCUUCAUGCUGCGCUCCGACGCCGUGCUCGACUUCGCCACCGUCUCCGAGAUCCUGCGCAGCGGCUACACUCGCAUCCCCGUGUACGAGGGCGACCAGCGGCACAACAUUGUGGACAUUCUGUUUGUCAAGGACUUGGCCUUCGUGGACCCUGACGACUGCACCCCGCUUCUCACCGUCACCCGCUUCUACAACCGGCCCCUGCACUGCGUCUUCAAUGAUACCAGGCUGGAUACGGUGCUGGAGGAGUUUAAGAAGGGAAAAUCUCACCUGGCCAUUGUCCAGCGGGUGAAUAAUGAGGGAGAAGGGGACCCCUUCUAUGAGGUGAUGGGCAUUGUCACGCUGGAGGACAUCAUAGAGGAGAUCAUCAAAUCGGAGAUCCUGGACGAAACUGACCUCUACACUGACAAUCGGAAAAAGCAGAGGGUCCCACACCGGGAGAGGAAGCGGCACGACUUCUCCUUGUUUAAGCUUUCCGACUCAGAGAUGAGGGUGAAGAUCUCUCCACAGCUGCUGCUGGCCACACACCGCUUCAUGGCCACAGAAGUGGAGCCCUUUAAGUCUCUGUACCUUUCGGAGAAGAUCCUGCUCCGGCUCUUGAAACAUCCAAAUGUGAUCCAGGAGUUGAAGUUUGAUGAGAAGAACAAGAAGGCUCCAGAACACUACAUCUACCAGCGCAACCGCCCUGUGGACUACUUUGUGCUGCUUCUGCAGGGUAAAGUGGAGGUGGAGGUUGGUAAGGAAGGCCUUCGCUUUGAGAAUGGAGCCUUCACCUACUAUGGUGUCCCAGCCAUCAUGACCACUGCUUGCUCAGAUAACGACGUGCGAAAGGUUGGAAGUCUGGCUGGAUCCUCUGUCUUUCUAAACCGAUCCCCUUCUCGCUGCAGCGGGUUGAACCGCUCCGAGUCUCCCAACCGUGAGCGCAGUGACUUUGGGGGGAGCAACACCCAACUGUGCAGCAGCAGCAACAACCUCUACACGCCCGACUACUCAGUCCACAUCCUCAGCGAUGUGCAGUUUGUGAAGAUCACACGGCAGCAGUACCAGAACGCGCUCACCGCCUGCCACAUGGACAGCUCACCCCAGUCACCUGACGUGGAGGCCUUCACUGAUGGAGACUCCACCAAGGCCCCUACAACCCGGGGCACACCCCAGACCCCCAAGGAUGACGCUGCUGUCACCCUGCUGAACAACAGGAACAGCCUGCUGUGCAGCCGCUCAGACGGGCUAAGAAGCCCCGGCGAGGUCGUGUACUUGAGGAUGGAGGAGAUGGCAUUCACCCAGGAGGAAAUGAUGGACUUCGAGGAGCGCAGUACACAGCAGCUCUCAUUGUCUCCUGCAGCUGUUCCCACCAGAGCAGCAUCAGAUAGUGAAUGUUGUAAUAUUAACCUGGACACAGAGACCAGCCCCUGCAGUAGCGACUUUGAGGAAACUAUGGGCAAGAAGCUGCUGAGAACCCUGAGUGGUCGAAAAAGGAAGAGGUCAUCAGAUGGAGAGCGAGCCUCUGAGGAGAACUCCAACUUAAUGCCUCUGAUCACAUGACAGGGCAGACAGCAUUCACUGGGUGCGUGAGAUUCCAGAGCUUUGGGGGAGAACCCACCCUCCCAUCAUCUGCUUCCUCCCACAGGUGACAGAGCGUUCUGCUUUCCUUACCACCUCUUCACCCCUAGCUGUCAGUUUGGCAGAUUUUCCCUCAUUGCCUCCAGUUUGACGCAGAGCCUUCCUGUGGCCAUAAUGGGAGGUGCCUGCGAUGGAACAUGCUAGAAAUGGUCUUGUCCACAGCACAGUCUGAGACUGGAGAAGAAAUGACCCCAAGCUGACAGUGCCACUCUGGGACCCCUGAUGCCCUUUUAGUUCUUUGGGAUCCCCUGAUGCCAUAUUUCAUGCUUAGCUUAACUCAGAAGGUGCCACUGGCAGACAGGCACAUAGGAGGCUGGAGUAGCAGGUAUGAAGGUUAAUUUCAGGAGAUGCACCAAGAAUUCCUCCAGAACUUUAGAGCAGUGGGACUCAGCCAUGUUGGCAUGUGAAGUUACAGUACAGAAAACUGUCAGUGACCAGUUUCCUGUAGAUAAGGGUUCCAGCAACCUGGGAAGUGUGCCUCAGCUGGAAGGGAAAGAAUGUGAGAUGGAACCUCAAGUCACUGUUUUUCCCAGGGACAUAUCUGUUUUGGCUCCCAAUCAGCAGUCAUUGAUCCAUGGAUAAAUCUGCUCUGGAAGAGGAGGAGCAGGGAGCAGAGAGACCCAAUUGGGAGCCAGAGAUGGAACUUCAGGUUUUAAGUUCAAAUCAAAGCAACAACAAAAAAAAUUAUGUGGAAAAAUUCUAAGCUGUUAAAGCAAGGUUAGCCAUGACAGACCAAAGAGUGCCCAGGUCAGCCAAGAAGGAUGCAAGCUCUCCUGGGACUUCAGUGUGCACCAAACAGCAACAGUGAAGAAUCACUCUUCUUUUUCAUCCAUUCUUCUCACCCCCACCCUUACUCCACCCCAGCAGGUCAGCUAAGUGUACUUUAUUCCAAGAACUUACUAGAUCUCUGGGUUUUCACCUGGAUGUUGGGGCAGAUGCAAUUCCAAGCAUAACCACCAGAUGGCAGAAUGACUGCAUAUACCUACUAAAGAAUAAAAUUAUUCUGGUGAGGAACCACACGGCCAGCCUCUGGGAAAAUGUGGAAGUAAGUGAAGCUUGUCAUUGGGACAUCUGUCUCCCUUUCUGAUCUAUCUCCCACCCUUUGGGUUCCCUCAGUCAGAGAUCCAGUGAUCCAGUGCUGCCUGCUGAAUCUCCAAACUGUUCCCAAGCUUUUCCAUCCAGGCUUACCUCUGCUUCCUCUAAAACCAUUACUGCUACAUCUCCAUACCCAUUCAAUCAGUAAUCACAUGGGGAGGUGGGAGACUGAUAUUUCCUCUGGGUUAUUUGCAUCUCAAAAGAAAAUGCUUACCCACCAGAGCCUUUAACUCAGGGGUUCUUAACUUGGGGUCCAUCACCCCAGAGGGUCCACUGUUGGACUUCAGAGGGUCCAUGAAACCCCUAGCACUGUCAGAAUUUAGUAUGUGUUCUCAUGCGUGUUUUCCAGAGGGCUAAAGCUUUCCUAAAAUUCUCAAAGGUCUCAGACCCACAAGGUUAAAAACCACUGUUUAAGCUAGUGGAACUUUCAGCCCAAAGUUUCUGCAAUGCAGAGUUAAGUGAAUAGUGGGCAGUUCGAGACAGAUUUUUAGUUAUAAGUGGUCUUCUCAAGUGUCCAUCAAAUCGAUGGGGAAAGCUGGCACCCAUCAAGCAGUGGAAGUCCUCAGAAAUUCUUGGCCUACCCUAGAGUAUUAUACAACCUAUACCCCACACAACCCCGUUCCCUCUUCCCUGCCAAACUAGAGCAGGUGUUGCAGACAGGAGGGCCACAGCGUGUGGAAGUAAAGACUUUUCAGCUGGAGAUGGCUUUCCCAGCAAUGUGUUAUUGACUUCAUACCGCUUGCCUGGUUCUGUCUGAGGCUCAGCAGUGCAUGACUUCUCGUAGACAACUCCACGGCUACCAGCCACCCCCAAACCUACUCUUGCCUGGUAGGAAUGGGCAAAGGGUCAGCCCUCGGUGCUGGGUGCCUCUGACCCAAGCGGUGAACGGUGAGUUUCAAGCAAGAACUGCCAUCAUGCAGUCUUCUUGCCCAGCUGGCCACUGGCCCAAGGGGGCCUGCCUGGCUAGUCUUCAUUACCCCUUAGGCCACCGGGCUCAGGCCACUGCUGCUGCAUUACAUCCCUCCCUUUGCAAAAUCCCUGAGGACCCUGUCACCACUCCCCGCCUUAUUCCUGGCCCCCGCCCCCAAGAUUUUCUUCAGGUUAAAAAAAGUUUAAAAAAAAGAGGAUUUUAAAAUAAAGGAUUUAUGAAGGCUCAAUAAAUUGUAAAUAAUUUUUAAAUAAAAUGAAAAUGCCUUUCCUGGAA